GUCAGAGAUAUAUGAGUGAAGUCAAAAGCUCAGAUGCGUUUGGUUAAGCUGCUCAAGUUCAGUGAAAUAAUCGUGGGCUGACUAGAGCCAAGAGACACUAAAGUGAUACGAGCUGAAUUCCAAAAUAUGCCUCAGCAUUAUGGCUAAUAAAGGGAAAAUAUCAAAAUAUGAUUUGCUUGGAUAUGUUGUCAUCCUGCUGAUUAAAAUGCAACUGGUGAACUCACAAGUGCUCCCUGAAAUUUCAGACAUUGUUGAGUUUAGCUACCCAGAGGAACAAGUGCCUCUCUUAAGGAAAACACGAGAAGUGAACACAGGCAAAGUAGAAUACAUUAUAAUCGUAGAGGUGAAUGUAUCAGAAGUGAUUCUGUUUGACCAAAUUCGAACAUCAGCGGAUUCCAUCACUCCUUUACAAAUAGACAACAUCACAAAUAUCAGUGGUUUGGACAUUACAGCAGUGUGCCAGCCAAAUGACUAUCAAUACCAGUGCACGUGUGUGGAUCAGUAUGUUUGGUCAUACAAUAAUUGUAUUACCUAUAACGCCUGUGAUAACCUAAAUGAAGGAACAUGUACUUGUAUCAGUGCCAUUCCCAGUGAUGGACAGGUCUGUGUGCCAAAAACUGCCAGCACAACAACUCUUGAAACAAUAGCCUUCACAUCUCCAACAACAGCCUACACAACAACUUCUGCAACAACAGCCAACACAAUGACUCCUGCAACAACAGCCAACACAACAAUUCCUGAAACAACAGCCUUCACAUCUCCAACAACAGCCAAAAUGACAACUCCUGCAACAACAGCCUUCACAUCUCCAACAACAGCCAACACAACAACUCCUGAAACAACAGCCAACACAACAACUCCUGCAACAGCCAACGCAACGACUCUUGCAACAACAGCCAACACAACAACUCCUACAACAGCCAGUGCAACAACUCCUACCGCAACAGCCAACGCAACGACUCUUGCAACAACAGCCAACACAACAACUCCUGCAAUAACAGGCUACACAAUGACUCCUGCAACAACAGCCAACACAACUCUUGAAACAACAGCCUUCACAUCUCCAACAACAGCCAACACAACAACUCCUGCAACAGCCAAAGCAACGACUCUUGCAACAACAGCCAACACAACAACUCCUACAACAGCCAGUGCAACAACUCCUGCAGCAACAGCCAACGCAACGACUCUUGCAACAACAGCCAACACAACAACUCCUGCAAUAACAGGCUACACAAUGACUCCUGCAACAACAGCCAACACAACUCUUGAAACAACAGCCUUCACAUCUCCAACAACAGCCAACACAACAACUCCUGCAACAGCCAAAGCAACGACUCUUGCAACAACAGCCAACACAACAACUCCUACAACAGCCAGUGCAACAACUCUUGCAACAACAGCCAACACAACAACUCCUGCAAUAACAGGCUACACAAUGACUCCUGCAACAACAGCCAACACAACUCUUGAAACAACAGCCUUCACAUCUCCAACAACAGCCAACACAACAACUCCUGCAACAGCCAACACAACAACUCCUGCAAUAACAGGCUACACAAUGACUCCUGCAACAACAGCCAACACAACUCUUGAAACAACAGCCUUCACAUCUCCAACAACAGCCAACACAACAACUCCUGAAACAACAGCCAACACAACAACUCCUGCAACAGCCAACACAACGACUCUUGCAACAACAGGCUACACAAUGACUCCUGCAACAACAGCCAACACAACUCUUGAAACAACAGCCUUCACAUCUCCAACAACAGGCUACACAACAACUCCUGCAACAACAGCCAACACAAAGACUCCUGCAACAACAGCCAACACAAUGACUCCUGCAACAACAGCCAACACAACGACUCCUGCAACGACUCCUGAAACAACAGCCAACACAACGACUCCUGCAACAGCCAACACAACGACUCUUGCAACAACAGCCAACACAACGACUCUUGCAACAACAGCCAACACAACAACUCCUGCAACAACAGCCAACACAACAACUCCUGCAACAGCCAAUGCAACGACUCCUGCAGCAACACCCAAUGCAAUGACUCUUGCAACAACAGCCAACACAACAACUCCUGCAACAACACCCAAUACAACAACUCCUGCAACAACACCCAAUACAACAACUCCUGCAACAACAGCCAACACAACAACUCCUACAACAGCCAACACAACAACUCCUGCAACAACAGCCAACACAACAACUCCUGCAACAACAGCCAACACAACAACUCCUGCAACAACAGCCAACACAACAACUCCUGCAACAACACCCAAUACAACAACUCCUGCAACAACACCCAACACAACAACUCCUGCAACAACAGCCAACACAACUCCUGCAACAACAGCCAACACAACAACUCCUGCAACAACAGCCAACACAACAACUCCUGCAACAACACCCAACACAACUCCUGCAACAACAGCCAACACAACAACUCCUGUAACAACAGCCAACACAACAACUCCUGCAACAACACGCAAUACAACAACUCCUGUAACAACAGCCAACACAACAAUUCCUGUAACAACAGCCAUCACAACAACUCCUGGAACAAAAGCCAACACAACAACUCCUGCAACAACAGCCAACACAACAACUCCUGCAACAACAGCCAACACAACUACACCCCCCACAACUACAACGACAAAAACUAUACCCCCCACAACUACAACCACAACAACUACAAGUACCACAGCAGCUAUUACAACCCCAGCCAAAAACAACAAGAUACUAAACCUCUCACUGACACUGAAGGAAGAUUUUGACUUUGGCCUCUACAAUAAAAAUAGUGCAACAUAUCAAACAUAUGAAAAAAAAAUUAAGAGUUCAAUUGAAGAAAGUUAUAAAAAUGUACCUGGCUAUCAGCUCAACUCUGCAACAGUGACUGGUUUCAGACCUGGAAGUGUGUUUGCAGACUUCAGUAUAACUAUAACAAAUACCAACAUUGAUUUGGCUUCAGCAAACCAACAGCUUGCUACCAAUCUCCGUAAUAACGGAUUUGAUGUUAGUGAUGAUUUACUCAGUCAAAGUGUGGAAGGAGUACUAACUAACAUCCAGGGCAACAUAUAUCCUGGUUCAGAUCUCAGACUGACAUGUAAUCCUCCAGAGAAUAAUGGAAUAAAAUGGACCCUGAAUGGGAAACAAUUACAGCAGACAGACAAGUAUGUAAUUAAUAAUGGUGAACUCACUGUGAAGAAUGCUGGUCCCAGUGACAGUGGUCAAUAUUCAUGCAUUGCAACAGUGAACUCUCUGCCCUAUACAAUCUGGCAAAUCAUUACAAUUCAGCCAUACCCUAAUAUCCAAGUGACCAGUGACAAAACUUUAGAAUGUCAGGAUACUACAAUCUCACUUCAGUGUUGUGUUCAGGGUGUAUAUCAAGUGAAAUGGACUGACCCCACAAUCUGCAACUCAAUUUCAAAAGGCUGCAUAUCAUGUGACUAUAAAAUUAACAAAGAGGAAUGCCAGAAUACUGAGCAAACAAAACAGGUCACAUGUCAACUAACACAACCUAUCAGCGAAAGUAGUUAUAACUCAAAGACCAUCAAAAUGAAUGUAAAAAACCAAGACUUCGCCUGCUUUAACGAUGUAUUUGGAGCUGGAAAUGUGGGAGCAAUACAAACCUCUAACUGUCCUGGAGACAUGGUUGGCUAUCAAGUAGCUCAGUGUAGUUCAUCAAAACAGUGGAACAUUACAGAAGACAAGUGUGUCCUGCGCGCCAUUCAAAAUUUAAAAGAUGAAGCUGAGACUUUACAGGUAGCAGGCAUCCCACAGUUUAUGGCCAGCCUCAGCAGUAAUGCUACAUCACAGACUCAAAACUUAAUUGACUCUGCAGCAACCAUAACAACAAUAGUAGACAUACUAACAAUCGUUUCAGAUCUCUCACAAACAACUUUUGUCAGUCAAACAAUUAUGAUGGAUUUCCUAAAAACAGCUGAGGUCAUUGGAACAGAUGGUUCAUCACACACUUGGGAGAGUUUAAACAAAAAUGAUACAACCAGUAAUGCCAGUAAUAUACUUCUGAAUGCAACAGAGAACAUUGCACGCAGACUCCCAGAUGGGGACCUCUUGAUAACAACAAAUUUCACUUAUCUAAAAAAAGAAUCCAUUACUCCCCCCUUUUCUGAUGACUUUGGAAAAAAUUUAACUACCCAUAUUAAUAUUCCAGUGACUAGUGCAAAGAUGUUCCUCACAGUCAUAAUAUCGUCAGCUUUUAACAACAUCUUACCUGUUCGAACUCUGACCAACAAUGACAGCAAUCAGACUGGAACCAAGAUCAAUGGAGAUGUAGUCCUGACUGAGACAACGUCAAAAAUUAACAACAUCUCCCUUUCUUUUAAAAUCAUGAAUACUACACUGGGAAACCCUCAGUGUGUCUUUUGGAACUUUAGUCUUCUGAAUGGUGUUGGUGGAUGGGACUCGACUGGAUGUCAGUUAAAGCCAUUAGGGAAUGAAACUGAAAAAUAUACAUGUGAGUGCAAUCACACAACCUCUUUUUCUAUCUUGAUGUCACCAUUUACCCUGGAUAAAAACAAAGCCAUAAUUUUAGACUAUAUAACUUACAUUGGUGUUGCAAUUUCAAUGGGCAGCUUGGUUCUGUGCCUCAUCAUUGAAAUCAUCAUAUGGAAAUUAGUGACACGAAAUGACACAUCCUACAUGCGUCAUGUCUCCAUAGUCAACAUCGCUGUCUCUCUUCUAAUUGCAAACAUAUGCUUUAUCAUUGGAGCAGCUGUUGUUAAACAUGAGAGUUCCUGCAGUACAGCAACAUUCUUCAUGCACUUCUUUUAUCUUGCCCUUUUCUUCUGGAUGUUGCUGUCAGCACUCUUGCUCCUCUACCGUACCCUCAUGGUCUUUUCCAGAAUGACCAGAGGAGCAAUGAUGGGCAUAGGCUUCACUGUCGGCUAUGGAGCCCCAUUAAUCAUAGCUGUCAUUACUGUGGCAUCUACAGCUGGAAACAAAGGAUACAUUCAACAAGAUUACAAUUGUUGGCUAAACUGGAGUAAAACGAAGGCCCUCCUGGCAUUUGUGAUUCCAGCUCUGACGAUUGUAGCUAUAAACUUCCUGGUGCUUAUUGUGGUUCUGUGUAAGAUGUUGAGAAGAGGAGUUAAUGCCUCCAGUCCAGAUGAGAAACAUCCCCUAGUGGUCAUUGCUAAAUGCGUGGUGAUUUUAACACCUCUCUUUGGUCUAACGUGGGGAUUUGGCAUUGGGACCCUGGUGUCAUCGAACUUUGGGAUUCAUGUGGUGUUCGCGUUCCUUAAUUCACUGCAGGGUUUCUUUAUUUUGCUGUUUGGAAUAUUACUGGACAGUAAGGUCCGAGAAGCACUGGCAGGAAAGUUUUCACUGAGGAACUUAAGUUCUGGCCGCACCAGGAGUACGAGUGCAGGACCUACAUCCUCAAGUGGAUUUCCCUUCAUGCAGAGGUUACAGCAAAGAAAUGUGUACAAUGUACAACCAAACAGCGGCAACACAGCUUCAACUUUAAGCAACUCAUAUGCACCUAUCAACACUUAGACAGUAGACCCCCAUUAUGAGAGUAUGUUGAACUGCAAACAUUAUAACAUACAUCUAUAUGCAAAAAAGACAAACUUUUCAUUGUUAAAUUCUAAAAUAAUACAUAAUUUUAAAGCAUCCUUUUCAAAAUAAUUUCUCUUGAAUCUCAGCACAGUUGAUUUCAGAAUAAUGAAUGAAUUUUGAAUUGCUUAAAUGAAAUGAUCUGUAUAAUUUAUUAUUCAUUUGGGUAUUUUGAUUGUUUUUCCAUUUUAUCAAAUGAAUUUAUAAUUGAAUUAAAUAUUCAUGUAUUCCUGAAGAAAAACAUUUACUCAAAAACAGUACUAUUCACAAUAAAAAAACUCUUCUUAAUUAUCUCCAUUGUUUAAUUUCUACAAUUAAAAAAUUGCAUUUCAUACUUUUACUUACUAAUUUAAUGACAGAAAUAAUAACCUGAAAAACUAAGAGGUUUCAGGCAAACCUACGCAUGUUGAGUGAGAUAAACAUGGGCUGGAUGGACCUAAAAAGUCCUAAAAAUUAAAAUUUCAUGAAAUAUUUAAUGCUUUAGAUAUAUGCUUUAGUUCUCUUUAUUCUAUGUUUUUUGUAGAACAAAGCAUGCAUCACCAUUUGUCUUUAAUGAUUAAUCAAUAUUACCCAGAGAAGGUACAUUUUUUGUCUUGUUCUAAAAUAAUUUGUUUUCUUCAGCUUCCUCAACUUUCCUAAACUUUUAUUUAUUGCUAAUGUUCUUUGGCCUGAGAUAGCCGAAAUGUCAUAUUGUGUCAUCUGUAACAGUAAUUGUCAUGGAGGAAUGAUAAUGAACAAGAGAGAAUGAUCUCUGCAUUAAAAACCUAAAGAAAUAAACAAAACUAGAUUAAAAUCUUGGAAGAGCAACUUACUACAAUGAAUAUCAUAAACCCUUCACAUUUGUGUUGUAUAUUUUCUGACAGUGAAUGAAUUGAUGAAUUCGUAUAUUGUGCUACUGUGUUAAUCCUCAACAUGUAGACACUUCUCCUUUUACAUAAAACAUCUAAUGUUUUUGUUCUGUAGCUAUAUGUUGUUAUGUUGUCUUAUGUAGCACCAGGGUCCUGGAGAAACAUUGUCUCAUUUCACUAUGUACUGU